UAGAUUUUACCCCAACCGUGCCCUUGUUUCACGAAUGGGAGCCUUUUCACUUGGCAAUAGGUAAUCACGACAGCGGGAAUCCGGGGUAGAGACAUGGGCAGUCAAAUGUGACUUUCGGCAGCAUGUCCCGCAUCCAUCCAUGGCCGCUGUAUGUAUCGGUACUUCGCAUGCCGGUGAAGCAUGUUGCCAUGCACGCCUUCUGGGGUAAAUUGUGCCAUUUGUGCUUUCGUGGGCAGGAUGCCACGAUCAAGGUCCCGAAAUGUCGGUGUCGAAAUGAGUAGUGUAGGAAGAGAAGUGUCUGUUGAUGUCACUGGACAGCUGAGGCUUGUUGGACAGUUGGACUCGCUGGCGCGACUGCUGCUGUGCAGCCCGAGCAGGCCCGAGCUUCCUGCGCGGUGCGGAGAAGCUGAAAGGACGAAAUCCGGAGUCGGCCACGACCGGCAGCACUUGGCCAUUAACAGUUGGCCGGGCCCACUUGCGUCUUUUUCACUUGCUCUCCCUGGCACCGCAUCACGGGUUGAGGAGACUCAGCCAGUGGAAUUUUGUCCCGGACGCGGCCGGCUGUGCCCGCCAUUGGCUGUCAACGAGCGAACAAGACGUUCCAGAACGUCAUUGGGAACAGCGACCCGCGAGCUGUACCUGCGCUUGCUGGUGGUGGUGGUCCCAGAUAUGCAGACACUUUGGGAACCCCUUUUUCCAAUACCUGGACUUGGAAGGAAGGAGCUCCCCUCAAGAAGAAUCCUUUUGGUUUGCAACAACAUCGACGAAGGGACGCCGGCCGUUGUGUGUGAAUUGACUUGACGAUUCCGACGCUUUCUCCGUGCCAUGCAGUGCUCCAA